AAAAUCCUAGAUGUUUGGGAGAGAAUGGGAUACAAUACUAGCGUGAACCCAUGCUGUUUGCAAGGUUGUUCGAGGAGUAGUUGAUAUCGUUACUAAGCAGCAGCAAUAGCAGUAAGCCUGUAUGUUAUAGUUAUCAAGAGGGAGAAAUUAGUCACAUUUUUUGUUGUCCAAUGGAUAGUCUUUUUACCUCCAGAGUCAAUCUCGUUCAACAGGAUAUAAUGUAGCGGUUCUCAUUAGGGAUACCAAUAGAUUUCAAGUUGAAAACCAGGCCAUUUAAAGUUGAACUUCUUCCCAUCAUCAAUAUGGCCUCCUCAAGUGAUCUUCGGGAGAAAUUACGAAAGAAACGACGGGCGCUACAACAGACUCUGCAGGUCAAAGACGACGUGGAUACAGAUACCCAGGCUCUGGUCCCAACAGACAAGAAGCAGAGUAAGGAGAGAGGACAGACGACUAUGGAGGAGCUAACAGCUGGUGAGGAGGAGCCUGGAGAUACACUGAGACGCAACCUGAAGGCUCAGAGACAGAAGAGGAAGAAAAUGCUUGAGAAGGCGUCUACAGAUGAUACACCUGAUGACUCAGUGGUGGAGCCCCAUGAUGAGACAGUGGUGGAGGUCACUGCUGUUCAACAGAUCAGCCACGAUGAUGACAAACCAGAGAAGCCUGACAUCGUGUCCAGUCCCACUCACUCCCAGAGAGGAGACCUGCCACCCCGGCCUCAGGCCAAACCCGCGCCAAGCUCGAGCCACUCAGAGAGCUCCACCAUGAGACAGCGAAUGAGAGACAAGCUGAGGGCAGCCAGGUCCAAAGCAGAAAGUCUUCUACAGCAGGAGGCUUCCUUGGAGGCGCCAGCUAGUCGCUUGCAGAGUCUCAGAGACAGAGACACUCUCACCAGGUUUGACAGAGAGACAGAGCCAGACCUCAGGGCGGGGAGAGAUGACCACACUUCUCCCCUCAACACCAAAGUCAAGUUCCGAGAGACAGUCAGGCGUGUCAGGAUAGAGAGUAUAUCGGAGACAGGUUUACCCACAGCGGAGGAGGCCUACAAUUUUUUCACUUUCAACUUUGACCCGGAACCCCAUGAAGAGGCGGGCAAAGGUCGUAAGAAGAGAAGGCCAAGGACAGAAGGGGAGAAUGACGAUGAGGAAGAGGAGGAGGAAGCGGUCACUGAAGUGGACAGGGAACAGAAAGGCGAGAACGAGGAGCGGGAUGAGGAUGCUCCUCUAGUGAAAGAUGAAGAGGAGGAUCUGUUCAUUAUCGACCAAUCAGCACAUGACUUCCUGGUGGUGAAGAGAGCAGAGUACAUGGGCUACCAGAGGCGUCUUCAGAGCGAGAAUGACUUCCUCUUUACCCCAAGCUUUUUGACAGUGCCAGCCUCCAGUAAAGUACCAGAGAACAUGCAGCCACGUUAUCUGGAGGAGGAGGGGCUAUACGUGGGGGAGAGGCCUCCCAUAUCCCUGACCAAUCAGAACAUCUUAGAGAACCGUGUCUUGAAACAACAGCAGGGGAGGAAGUGGUUUGGGGAUGACGGCAGGAUCAUAGCUCUGCCUGACCCCAUUAAAGAGUCGUCCACCAGACCCCCUCUGUUCCACAUGGAGGAAGACUUGGACCCGGCUCUGCAGACUGUCUAUAGGAAGGCGCUGAAGUCAAAGCAUGCCAGUCAGUACAUCGCAGGAGGAGGGGGCACGAACGGGGAUUACCAGCUGGAUGUGGACGUCUCAGGGCUCAUCUUCUCCCAUCACCCCCUCUUCAGCCGGGAGCACGUCCUAGGAGCACGCCUGGCCCAGCUCUAUGACCAGCACCUCAGCAGGCAGCACAAGAACAUCACGGAACACCUCACUACCAAGCUGAAUGGGUUGAGGAACGCUGUUCGGAACAUGCUGGAGAUCCACGGUAGGCAGGGCCUAACUCCUGUCAUGCAGCAGAGGAUAUCUGAGUAUAAGCAGGAGGUGAAGAACACUCGCAGGCUGCGGGACACUGAGCAGGAGAAGGACAGAACCCUGCUGAAGAGCAUCAUCAAGGUCUGGAAGGAGAUCAAAGCCCUGAGGGACUUCCAGAGGUUCACCAACACACCAUACAAGCUUUACCUCAGGAGAGAGGAGGGGGUGCGGGCUUCAGAUGAGCGGGACCAUGAGGCUGAGAUCCAGGCUGAAGUGGAUGAGCUGCAGGGGGAGAUGGAGGAAGACUACCAGAAAAAGGUCACUGAGUACAAGAGACAGCAGGAGGAGUGGAAGGCCUGGAGGAGGAAACGGAAAGCCAAAGAGAAGAAGAAAAAAAAGAAAGCCCAGUCUCAGGAUGAUGAUGAUGAUGAAGACAAUGAUGAUGACCAGUCAGAGGGUGACACGGAGCUGGGACCCUCGAAGCCAGACCCUCCUGAGGAACCAGACAUGGAGGGUGUUGAGGAGCAGGUCAGAGAGAAGGCCUCCAGAAUCAGGAGGAAACCAGGGGAACCCAUCCUGAUGCCUGAACUCACUGCAUCUGGACCCAUCACUCCUAAUGAACAGUGUCCCAGGGGCGAGUUUGCUAGAAGAGAAGAUGUUGCAAAGCGCUAUCUCUUCACUAAGGUUUUAUAUAACAACAAAGAAGUCUCCAGAACAGACAAUCGCUCCCUAAAUUCUGAUUUCAGAGUCCAUUUUGGUCAGAUAUUCAACCUGAAGAUAGUCAACUGGCCAGAAAGUAUCAAGUUGCAGGUGUUUGAAGUGUUGGGCUCAUCCACCUCCCUGUUGGCAGAGGUGUUUGUGCCAGUCCCAGAAUCAUCAGUCCUGACGGGUAGUGCCCCCUCUGAGGAGCUGGAGUUCAGCAGCAACCUGAGGGUCAUGUUUGACCACGAAGCCGUCGGCAGUGACGUGCCCUUCUCCUUUGAGGCAGACGGUAGUAACCGUCAGACCCUGUUGACCUCUGGGAAGCUGUCCUGCUGUGUGUCCUGGGCUAUAGGGGAGGAUGAUGUACCCCUGGCCCCGCCCACCACUCAAUCCAAGGCCAUGCACAGUGGACUGAAACAGUUGGAUGCCAUUGCCUGCAUUGGGGCAUCUAGCCUUAAUGAUAUGAAGAAGCUUGGGGAGUGGGCCACUGAAUCUAGACUGGAUCCCAAUGACCCAAACAACGCAACCAUCAUGCAACUCCUAAAGGUGGCCAGUAGUGGGGAGGUGACAGCUCCAGAUUACUUCAGACUGGAGCAGCUGCAGGAGGAGUUCAACUUCCUGUCUGAGGAGGAAAUUGAGCGGUCUCGCAGGUUCCGUCUGCUCCGGCUCAGAAACCAGGAGGUGGCUGAGUUCCGUAACUAUAAGUGUGUCCCUGCCCUGGAACGGGAGGUCACUGAUAAGGUGUUCCAGGAAUAUGAGAGGAGAUUGAGAGAAGGAGAAAUCGUUGACACUAAGGAUCACCUAGAUGCACACAGAGCCCUGGUGGCCAAAUACCUGCAGAAGAUUAGAGAAUCAGUCAUCAACCGCUUCCUCAUCGCCAAGCAUCAUUUCCUCCUGUCUGACCUGGUCCAAGAAGAGGAAGUUCCUAGUAUUGGGAUACUUGGCCUGAAUCUAUUCAAGCUGGCUGAACCUAAGCGGCCCCUGAAGCCUCAGAGGAAAGAGAGGAAGAAAGUGACAGCUCAGAAUCUGUCUGACGGGGACAUUAGAUUACUUCUCAACAUUAUCCGGGCCUACGACAUCCCCAUCCGCAAGCCCCAAGCCAGCAAACCUGCAGUGGCGUCUAAGUCGGUCCGCUCUUUCACUGAGACGUUUACAGCAGGCCAGUCAUCCCAGAGUGCCAUCCAGGGCAGCGACUGGCUCCUCAACCAGGUGCAGGUCAGGCCCUUUGUGGAGGUAUCGUUCCAGCGCACGGUUCUUCAGACCACAACAGCAGACGGACCAAACCCCUGCUGGAACGAGGACCUGCAACUGCCUUUCAGUGCCCCAAAUGGAGACUACAGCACUGCUAGCCUGCAGUCAGUGAAAGACGAGGUCUUCAUCAACAUAUUUGAUGAAGUCCAUUAUGAAUUGGGAGGGGAUGGAGAGGAUAGGGGGAGAGAAGUCCACACACGGCUAGAGAAACACUGGCUGGGCUCUGUGAAGAUUCCCUUCAGUACUAUCUACUUCCAGUCCAGGAUUGACGGCACGUUUAAGGUGGACACCCCACCGGUGUUGUUGGGAUACAGUAAGGAGCGCAGCCUAGCCAGUGAUGGUGGCUACGACGCUGUACGCAGUCUUAGUGAAGGAGCCUUCAUCACACUCUUCAUCACCAUAGAACCACAGCUGGUACCUGGAGAGACUGUCAGGGAGAAGAUGAAGGAAGUAAAGUUUGACAGCCAGGAGGGCGAGCGUCUACUGCUGGCCUCAGAGGUCUUUGAGAGGGACGCAGCAGUGAGUUACCCCAACCGUCCCUGCCUCACCACCGUCAUCGACAUCAACGGGAAGACUGUGUUCAUCAGCCGUUACCUCCGCCCCCUCAACCCCCCGCAGGAGCUGCUCGACGCCUUCCCCAACAGCCCCCAGGAGGCCACGGAGCUGAUAGCUCGGUAUGUUUCUCUCAUCCCCUCUAUGCCUGAUAGCGUCUCAUUUGCUGGUGUCUGUGACCUGUGGAGCACCUGUGACCAAUUCCUGACCCUGCUGGCGGGCGAUGAGGAGGAACAUGCUGUACUGCUCUGUAAUUACUUCCUGUCUAUGGGCAAGAAGGCUUGGCUCAUCAUCGGCAGCGCCAUUCCUGAGGGACCCACAGCGUAUGUGCUGACCUAUGAGCAGAGUCGCUACCUUAUCUGGAACCCCAGCAGUGGUCAGUACUACGGCCAGUAUGACUCCUUCUGCCCUCUACAGACUGUGGGAUGCCUGGUCAGUGCUGACAAUGUAUGGUUCAACGUUCAGGUGUACACCUCUCCACUGAGGAUGAGUUUUGAUGUCACCAAAGCCAAACUCUGGAAACCGUUCUUCUCCAGGGCUUUUCCAAACCCUGGGCUGUCCAGUGUUCAGCCUGAGGAGCUGGUGUAUCAACGCACAGACAAGGCAGUGGCUGCAGAGCUGCAGGACAGGGUUGAGAAGAUUCUAAAAGAGAAGAUCAUGGAAUGGCGGCCCCGCCACCCGACCCGCUGGAACCGCUACUGCACCUCCACCUUGCGCCACUUCCUGCCAAAGCUGGAGCUGAGUGGAGGGAGGGACGUGGCAGACGAGCACCGUCUAGAGUUACAGAGUUUACUAGGGGACUACAGGAUUUCAGGAUUCCCCCUGCAUCUUCCAUUCUCAGAGGUCCGGCCCAUUAUCGAGGCAGUCUACAGUACAGGCGUCCACAACGUGGAGGCGUCCAAUGUGGAGUUUGCCCUGGCAGUUCAUGUCCAUGCCUACCCUAACAAUGUCCUGUCUGUCUGGGUUUACCUGGCCUCACUCAUCCGCACACGAUAACUCCAUUGCAGAGGUUUGGACAUGCUUGUUUUUCAUAAAUGCACUUUACAAUAUUGUUUACCUGUAUCUUUAUGAAGAAACGUUUAGAGCACAACUCCCUUUUAGACUACAGUACAUAUACAUGCACAGGAAUAAUUCAAUAUUAAACUGAUUAUAGCAGUAGGCUGAUUAUGCAAUAGUCAUCUAAACACCCAACUUCUUAUCUUAAAUCGGCAUAAUGUCAAAAUCAAAGCAAGCAUACACCGAUUAAAACAUGUAAACACCUUAACUUGCAUUCCAACAUUUUAAUCAAAUUAUAUUCAUCUGACUAUCCACAAUAAUCACAUUGUGUGCAUGUAACCGUAAUCUAUUGAUUUGGUAUUGUCAUUUAGUCUUGUAUUUGAGUGUGAUAGCUCUGGAUGACUCCGAGUUGGGUUUGUUCACCAUUCCUAUGGAAUCACAAUUAACUGUAGCUACCAAAUCUGACAGUCUUGUGUUAUGUGCAGUGUAAUAACAGAUUUUAUCAUAAACUUUAAACAAAA